UCUCUCUCUCUCUCUCAUGGCUGAUGUUCACAAAGGCCAUGAAGAAAAGGGGAUCAAGCUGUUUGGUGCAACAAUUGCAGUACAAGUUAGACGAGAAAAGGAAAGUGAGCCAAGCAAAACCGAUCCUCAAACAUUAACAGACAAGAGGCCAGACAAGAUCAUAGCAUGCCCGAGGUGCCAAAGCAUGGACACCAAGUUCUGCUACUUCAACAACUACAAUGUCAAUCAACCCAGACACUUCUGCAAGGGCUGCCAGAGGUACUGGACAGCCGGCGGCGCCUUGAGGAACGUCCCCGUCGGUGCCGGCCGCCGCAAGGCCAAGCCGCCGAUCAACGGCGGGGUGCAGCAGCUUGACUUUGAUGGGGCGGUUGAGGAGUGGCAACUAGCGGAGCAAGGCGGUUUUCACCAUGUUUUUCCAGCGAAGAGGCGGAGGAGCAUCUCAGGGAAUCAAAGUUGUUGAUGCCUUUGUUUGUCUUUUAGUCCAAAUAAUUAAAUAGUGAUUAAAGAAUAGAUGUUGAUUAGUGAUUUUAAUUAACAGUGGUGUAUAUAUAUAUAUACACAUAAGCCGGCCAUUUGGAUAAUUAAAUAACUGAGUUGAAUUUACUGUAGUUUUGUGGUAAUAUGGCCAAUUGUGUGACGAGCUAGCUAGCCCAUAUGUACCAAAAAGUCCAGUGUUAAUUGCAAUCAUGAAAAGAGAAAUAUCUUAUAAUCGUUUUG